CAGGAAUAUGCUCCCAUUUAAACAGUGCAGUGCCAUUCAGGACUUUUCAACUACCAUAACGAGUCCAGGGGUAUUUAAAUGUUAUUCUCCAUUAUAAAUACAAUACAUCAUGGACGAAAAAACAAGGCUUUUAUCAAAUACGACGGGCAGCCUAUCUGACGGAUCCGGCGAGAAAGAAGCUCCACCCGAUAGGGUGUAUACCCCGCAAUAUUUAUCCAUAAACGCUGCAGACCCCAAACUCAGGGGUAGCGAUGACUCCUGGGUAGACCUAGCGUCCGACAGUACAAGAAUAGCUACCCCAACUUUCGACGAUAGUCUUCUAGCCCCAGUCAACAGCCACCCGAAGUCUCCACCAGUUGCCCAGGAGGUUGAGGUGAAGGUCAAAUUAUAUAAACGACGGUGGUACAUUUUGGUCAUAUUCUCGUUAUUCGCGGCCACAGAGAAUUUUGUAUGGAACACCUUCGGGCCCAUCUCUGCUGCCAGUGAAGAUGCUUUCGGAUGGGAUGACGGAACCAUAUCUACGCUGACCAAUUGGGGACCUAUAUCUUUCAUGGUGGCAGCCGUGUUCUUCUCUUGGGUCAUUGAUGUGAAGGGGAUAAGGCCUGCCGUUGUGACCAGUAUGAUGCUGAUAACAGCGGGAUGUGGCAUACGGUGUAUCUCCUCCGCGCCACCUCUCGUAACAUGGAUCAACCACAUCGGGGCUGCCUUGAAUGGGUUGGCCGGGCCAGUGGCCAUGUUUGGUAAUCCCGUUCUCUCCAGCAUCUGGUUCGGCCCUCACGAGAGGACAACAAGCACGGCUCUCACCAUCGUCAUCACCAACCUAGGACUGGCCUUAAGUUUUGUCAUAGGGCCAAUGGUAGUCCCGGACCGUACCAACCCAAACUGCACCAAUGUACGAGACAACCAAAGCAUCCACAUCACGGCAUAUACUUCCCAACUCGUGGAGACAGACUGUUCUUUGUACUUCAAUACAUCAGGGACAAGGAUAGCAGAAGAAAGGAAGGACAUUAUGUUUUUGCAGUAUAGUGUUUGUGGGUGGUCCGUGUUCCUCUUCCUGGUCAUCCUGUUGUACUUCCCCAGCAGACCUCCCCUGCCCCCCUGUUUCUCAGCAUCACAGAAGAGGGAGAACUUCCUGGUGGGACUCAAGACGCUCUUCAGGCGUGGUCAGUUCUGGCUCCUGACUCUCAUAUAUGGUCUCACCCUGGGAGUAGCCGAUUGCUGGACUGGCCUGGUGGACGUCAUCCUCAAGCCGUACGGAGUCUCUGAAAAGGAGGCCGGCUGGAUGGGGUUCUACGGCAACGUGGGUCAGAUGGGUUUGUCGUUAAUAGUUGCAAGAUUUGCAGACAAAUUUUCCCGCCAUUUUAAGCUGUUGAUAUUCAUCCUGUAUCUACUGGGGGCUGGGAACGUGGCGUGUUUCGCCCUCGUCUGCGUGGGGGUUCUGCCCUCUUCUCUAGUUGUCCUCUACGUAACAUUCAUUUCGGCAACCACCAUCCUGUUUUGUGCCGAGCCCCUUAUUUAUGAACUGACUUGUGAGCUGACGUUCCCUAUCGGCGAGGGAACAACCAACUCCAUUCUGACACUUGUCAACAACAUAUUCGGCUUCGUCUUUCUCCUAAUUCCUACAUUACCAAAUAUUGGGAGCCAGUCCUGGAUGAACUGGGCCAUGUUGGGAUCUAUAGUCGUGUCAAUCCCUCCCAUCGUGCUACUCAAGGACAAGUACUUGAGGCUUGAAGUUGAUGAGCACGCCGAGACGAAGGUGACAAGGCAACAGUGAUUGAACCAUGGCCGCUGGCGCAUCACUACAUGAACAACUGUAUUUUCUCUAUGGAUACUAUCCUGGAAAUGGAUACCCGAGAUGUAUGCCAUUCGUUGAGUUCAACACCAUUGCAUGACCUGCAACUUCGUACCUAGGAUUUGUUGUCCUUCACAACAUUCCGCAAACGUUCUCAUUGUUGUAUAUUCAUAUAAUUGGCGUUCCCUCUUAGAUGAUGUGUUAAAGAAUGGUCCAAUCGUCAGUGUGAUAGCUACAUAUAUGUCCGCAUCUCUGACACACGAAAAAGAAGACAAUCAAAACAAUUACAGACAGACUGAUAACACAUCAAAGCAUGAAUGAGUGAGUGGGUACAGACAAAGUUAGGUGACUAGGAGACAUUAAUCAAAGAUUUUGUACCCACGCGAUCUCUUAUUCUUAAACACAUUUAAUAUAACCACUUAAAUUAUGCAUCACGGUCUAUUGUCCUGGUUUAGGACUGGUGAUUCAUACAGUGACUUCAGUUCUGAUUUAUUGGCAAAUCUGACAUUAGUAACAGCUUCACUCAAAUUCAAGAGAAUUGUCACUAUUUAACAUUAAUUAAUAGCUCAAUGCAUACCACAUAAAGCAUUGUAUUAGGGACAUUUCUGAAUGAAAACAUCACAUAAAAGGAAAAAAAUGAGGCUGAGUCAAUGGUUGCAGCGACACGUGAAGAUCCGGAUUAGGUCUUCAACCCAUUCUUGUAGUAAAAGGAGACUAUCGGGACCAGGUGGUCAGACUUGCUGGCUCGGUUGGUUGAUGCAUGUCCUCGUAGCCCCAAAUGCGUGGAUCGAUGCUCAUGAUGUCAAUCACUGCAUUGUCUCUUCAAGACUCAAUUAUUUACAGACUGCCGUCAUAUAACUGCAAUAUUGCUGAGUACGACGUUAAACAACAAACAAUGGUUCCAGAAAGUGUACCCCCUUUCCUCCUUAAACAACUGGAUUAUGAAUGAAAAUAAACAGCAAGUAUACCUGGUCCACCUGAAUCACUUUGAAAAGUAUAUGGGGAGUGCUUAACGUGUAGUCGAAUGUAGCAAUGUCUUAGUGUCAUCACUGAUUUUCAGUGAUCCAUUCACCUAAUUUUCACCGUUAUUUUGCCUAUCACGCCAAUGGAAUCUUCUUCGGGGGAUAAUCGAGACUGGUUCUUCUUUGGCUUUGACGUUAUAUCUACUUUGUGUACGUUGUGUGUAAUGCAGAAACAGGUCAUUUACGAACUGUUUAAACUAGGAAAUUAAAGGUUGGGGUAUGAUUUCU